UCAAGAGAGAAAACGCUUUAUCCUCUGUCAUUCAGCAACUUUGUCUUCUGGAUCCUAUCCAUUAUGGCUCGAAAAAUCCCUCUGAUCGUCAACGAUUUCAAGCUCACGACAUGGCUGAUCGUCGGAGCUUUUCUCCAAUCGUUGACCAUGCUGGUCAUGCCCAGUAGUUACGCGGUCAUGGUUCCCUCCCUCCUACUUGGGGCUCGUCUGAUCGCAACCUACUUGGAAGCCAAGGGUUACCUCCCAUCUUCUAGCGUGAUCUAUCGGGGCAGAUGGACCGCGCACACUCUCGAUAACCUAUCCGAACCCCCCAAACGGGAUGUUAUUGUAUUCAUUUUAGGAGCUCGGACACUCCAUCCGAUGGGCCGAUUAGCAGGUGGAUUCAAAGAAUCUCGAAACGAUUUCGCAGCGAUGUGGGAUGAUGCCGAGAGUAACAGAGAGAAGUGGGGCUUUCUCGGGAAAUCCGAACCACUCAUCUCAGACACCCAUGGGGGAAUGAGCAUAGUGUGGAUCACUUAUUGGCGAGAUAUCCAAGGUCUUCGAAACUUUGCUGCCGGAGACGCCCACCGCAAGGGCUGGAGUGCUUAUGUGGCAAACAAAUUCCCGAAUCUGGGAAUUAUGCAUGAGACAUACUGCGCUCCUGAAGGAAGCUGGGAGAACAUUUACUACAGUUGGCCACCGUUCGGAUUUGGUGAGGCAGCUCUCCAUCUUCAGAAUGCAGAUCUUAUUUUGAGAAAAGCGGAUGGAGCGCUGGACACAUCCUUGAUCAGUAGAAUGCAAAAGGCCAGCCAGAAAGACGCGGUAGGCAGUUGA